CAUCCUCGUCGUCCGCCUGCGCAUCAGUCGGUGUCUUUGUUACAUUCGCCUCGCGCUCGUGUACCUACCGUCGACCGCAGCGAUUCAUCCAGCGAUGGGCACAUCCAGCGAACUCAAGCUCUUGGCAGGCCAAGCAGAAACACUCCAUCCAGCCUUCAGCCGCUUGGGAGAGAGAGCUCUGGCGAAAGCAGCAAUGCAGAACAGUGGUUUGAGAAGUCCAACAAUGAUGUACGUGACAGCACCGCACCGUUCGUGGACGGCGAGCCGCCCUUCUUUAUGCGCAAUUCGUCGUCUUCUGAGACGCCACCCGGGCUUCAAGACCGGAUGAAGCGAUUCCUGGCUGGUCAAGAUGGGUCACAAUCACUGCCGCUGCGGACAGGCUUGUUGCACAUAGGUACAGAUGGUAGCAGCACGGAGGACUUCCGUGGUGUCAUCGAUGACUUGACAAUUGAGAACAAGAAAUUGAAGAGGAGGUUGAAGCAGUACGAGAAGCUCCAUGAUUCGCACUUGAAGGACGAGAAACUGUUCGAGGUCCGGUUUCACAGCUUGCCGCCACAAAAGAAGCUUGAGCUAGAGGACAUGCUCCGCAAGUUUACCUCUGGACUUACCAGCAAGAAUACCGCCAGCUUUCCACCAAACGGCUACGAAGGCCUGCUACCUAUGUUGCAGCCUCACAAGACCGCGUCGUCGCAAGCCUCCAUGAAGCACGCCGAUUCGGCGUACGCGUCCAUGUCUGCAUCAGGUCAAGGUGGUUCUUCCAGUCUGUCUGCCAGUGACAGCAGGCAGAAAGCUUUCAAACCAUCCGCUGCAUCGCGUCGACAGAACAUCCAUAGUUAUCUGCACCAUAUCCCGGAGGGUCUGUUGCCUCAGCCGAAUCCAGCCACAAUGACUGAGCGCGCCAGGAAGAAGCUCGUUGUGAAACGCUUGGAACACCUCUUCGCUGGCAAGGGCGCCGCUGCCAUAGGCCAUCAGCAAGCCAUGCAGCAGCAGGACGUCUCACACAUGGCUGCUUAUGCCGACCGAUCGGCUCUUGAAGCCGAAGGUCAGCAUGUACGGCAGGAAGGUACGCGAGAAGCAAACAUCAUGACUGAGGACGCCGAAGAUGACAAGGAUGAAACCCCUGAUUUUGCAAAGCCUCAACAACAGCUUGGCGCCAGAAUCGCCGAGCAGGAUUUUGCAUCGCUUCCUGGCACUGAGCAGCGACCCACAAGACCUCUCGACCUCGACCCACACCGAGCGCAGGUACCCAUGGAUAACAUCCGUUACAUGCGCCAUCUUGGCUUCUCGCCACCGGACCCGAGGUCGUCAGCUUCGCCGGAAGAAGGACAUGGUUGGAUCUACCUCAAUGUUCUCGUCAAUAUGGCCCAGCUUCAUACCAUCAACGUCACUGCAGAUUUCGUUCGGACAGCGCUGGGUGAGCUCAGCGACAAGUUCGAGCUUUCUAACGACGGCCGCAAGGUACGCUGGAGGGGAGGACGUGAAGUCACACAGAGUAGCAGUGGCAGUGGUGCUGCUUCUAUUGAUGCACCAAGCGAGAGCGGUGACGGUCAAAGCCCUCAUAAGCGGCUGAAGACGUCUCACAAGGCGGGCUCGCGCUUAAAGUCACGCGUUAAAGCUCAGGCUCAGGGAGCUGCAUCUUCGCGAUCCCGGGCAGAGAACAACAAGCUAGUCUACACCCCGAUGUUCUCUCACCGCGACAGCAGCGAAGAGAGCGACGAAUCAUCGUCAGAGGAGGAAGACGACGACGUCCUAUCACCGUUCCCAGUAGCACCUGCUGGAGAUUCGUCGGGUAUGACCAGCUCUGGCAUACGUACAACAUCCACACGACCAAAGAAGCACAAGGACGAUGGGCCUAUCAUCUUCUAUAACAAUGCACGCUUCUGCACCGACCUCAGUGGCGAGCGCAGACCCGAGGGCAACAUGAACGCUCCGCCCUACGUUAAGCUCGCUGUCCCGCCGCUUGGCAAGGUACAGCAUUUGAGCGGCAGGCCUGCUGAAAAGCGUGGUCCGCUUGCUUUGGCCUCCGAGCUACCUGAACCCAUGGAUCUUGGUGACAACCCCAUCCCAGAAUCCAUGGAGGUCAAGUUCCCAACCAAUACCUCACUUACGUCGGCUUCUGCACCAGAAAGGGAUCCUAUUGAGCUCGAGGUCACCGGCAUUGGUGGCGUCUACCCUGCCGAUAACUUUGCGAUACGAGUCGAAAGUCGCCACGUAAGAGUCGACCAAUCAGGGGCGCCACAGGUCUCCCAUGCAUACCUGCACAAGACCGUGCCACCCAAGCUCGCCAAGCUAUUACAUGGCCACGGAGCGGUGAGCAAGUCACACGGCGCUGUGCACAAGCAGAUCGUUUCUGCGAGGCGGAGGGACCUACCACCGUCGCGGUUGCCACCUGCGCUCAGCUUUAUGCCAUUUGAAGAGGACUAUGUCGGGGACGAUACGGAUGCCGACGAAGAACUGUCGCUCUGUCCUGGGUCUUUGGAUGGGCUACCACCUGCUGCCGCGCCGCAGAUCAUUGACGUACCCUAUGCUAGCAGUAACGACGAAGGUGAAGAUGAAGAUGACGACUCUAACGAUGCGGAAUCUGAUGGCUCGCUCGAUCUUCUCGCCCUUGCCCGUGAAGUUGACCCAGAGGCCGUCCGAGCUUGCGAGCGUGAGUACGAUGCCAACAUGGCUGAGCGACUGGCGGAAGAGAUACCCGCGGGUAGUAGUGCUGCCACAGCUGGUGGAGGGAGUGGCUUCGCCUCGCCAUCGUCCGGAGUCGGUCGGGACGAGUAUCGCCGCGCAAGGCACGAGGUGCGAGCGGCAGCAGGUAUGGCGAAGAUGGCUGCAUUGAGGAAGGCUCAAACAGGUGAUAGCAUG